AUGUCGCUGUCGUCUAGCGUCAUGCUCCAAGCCUCACGGCUUUCUGGAUUGGUUCUAAAGCGAGGUGGAGCCACUGGUUUAAUGGUUCAUCGUGACACUAAAGAGAAUAACUUGAAUGUCAAAUUCAAGUUUACUCCAGAGAAUGAAAAGAGAAUUGAAGCAAUCCUGGCAAUUUAUCCCGAAGGACAUAAGGCUGGAGCAUUGAUUCCUCUUUUGGAUUUGGCCCAACGCCAACACGGAUGGUUACCGAUUUCGGCAAUGCACGAAGUCGCGAGAAUUCUCAAGGUUCCACGAAUGAGAGCAUAUGAAGUGUCAACUUUCUACACCAUGUUCAAUAGGCAACCGGUCGGAAAAUAUUUCCUCCAAGUUUGCGCAACAACCCCUUGCAUGCUCCGUGGAGCUGAAACGAUUACCGAAACGAUCGAAAAGAAAUUGGGUAUUCAUGCCGGUGAGACAACUAAGGAUGGGCUUUUUACACUCGCUGAGGUUGAAUGUCUUGGAGCUUGUGUUAAUGCUCCAAUGAUUCAAAUAAACGACGACUAUUACGAGGAUCUAACUCCAAAAGACGUUGGUGAGAUUUUGGACGAGUUGAAAGCCGGAAAGAAGCCAUUGGCUGGUCCAAGAUCUGGAAGAUUGGCUGCCGAGCCAUUCGGUGAGCUGACAUCACUCAAAGAGCCACCAACCGGACCAGGAUAUGGUCUUCAAGACGCAUUGAAGUAA